AUGGCAACCUCGACAAUAGAUGAAAAAACCGCUCAGCAUCACAAAAAACGGUCAGGGGAUGGACGAAGAGCACAGUCAGCGGGGUCUGACAAAAGCAGACAUCGCGAAUACAUGCUGGAUGCGCCGCCACGAAACUAUGAAAGGCGACACUUCCCCGACCUGCUGAGUGCUAAUCUUACUCCGCCAUGGGCAACUUACAGCAGCAGCGAAAGCAACUCCAGCGAGUCUGAGACCUCUUUGACACACGACUUUGAAGAAGACAGUCUGGCGAAAGAAAACAUUUGUACAAGAUACGCGAGUGACUUGCCUGCUCUUCAUGCUUCUGUCUUUGAGCUCAACUUACCUUCCGUGCCCGGGGCGGAGCUGACGAGAUCAAUCUCAGGGGACGGAUUGAGUCGAGAAUUUCCACCCAAAUACAUCAUUCUACCCACAACCUACUUCGGUUUGGCAAACAGUCCUUCAAGUUACCGAGACGAUAGUCCGCCAGCAUCUUCGCGUUGGCGCACCGGACGUCAUAGAUGGCAGAAGUCGAAGCGCAAUGCAUCCCUCACCGACCGUCCGCCCUUCUAUCCACCUGGGCCGAAUCAGCACUCGGCACGUGGCAUAGGAUCCACUUUUGAUAGAAGUCAGCGAAUGAGAGAGGCACGACAGCUCUAUCGAUCUCCGCAGAGUAGGAGGGCACUUGGUACACCAGCUUGUUACAGAGGUUCUUCGAGUCUCUCUUCUCUACGAAACCGCUGCUCCCCAGUCUGGAAUGCCCAGGCCACUUCACAGUCCCUCUCUGAAGACACUGCAAACAGACGUAUGCCUCUGAGGAUUAAACGCCCCAUAAGUCACCAAGUCGAGAACAGGAGAAGGGAUUUGUGGCGGUCUGAGCCGCAGCUUGAUAGAACUGGCACUCGCUCAAAGUCCAAGAGGAGCGGAAAAGGGAAGGAAUGGUUAUUACCGGUGAAGGCUUACAAGGCCUCUCCCGUACAAUGCUCCUAUUGGCUACCUGCUGGCGAUUUGUUCGAGGAAUAUCGUGACAACUUGGCAAAAUUUUCUAAGGCCAAGCGGUAUCCUCUUCCUCUUAAAUCUCUUCAGCCACAAAAAACGACCCUCUGGUACCGUUCUGAUCCUGAUCUUGCUUUAACUACGACUGAAAGCGAACUAGAGAAGACGGAGGCGACGUCUUCAGUUACUCAGAUAACCGGACGCUUGAAGUAUCAAAGUCCGGAAAGAUCUGUCUGGUUAAAGCAAGGAAGUGAAUUCCAGCCCUCCGAAAGUGGCGCCUACGACCGUGAGGGUAUGAACGUGCUUGUGCCCCGUUGUCUUGCUAGUUCACCUAUCCAAAUAAAUCGGACAUACACGAAGAGUCAGCGCGUGGCAUACGAACAAGAGCUAAAUACUCUGCGAGAGGGAGUGAAUUUGCAGUCAAGCACGGACACAGCACCUAAGACGUCGACAGACGAACGAUUUCCGGCCUACAGGACUCCUUCAGUAAGCCCGUAA